AUGAGUAAUUCAAAUGAGAAACCAAAGGGUUUAGCAAAUACAUCGAUUACAGAGAAUGAAAAUAUCAAUCUUUAUCCUAUAGAUACUAAAGAACCAACUACAUUCUGGGAAAGAUACAACCCUUCGAAAAUACCAUGUUUUAAAGACUCUCUGAUAUACGGUAUAGGUUCUGGUGUUGGUGUUACCUUUUUUACAAAUAUAUUUACUUCAAAAACUCCAAUGAAAGCAGCAGAUUUCGGUGUAUUAACAUUUCUAUUAGUAGCAGGUGCCUAUUGGCCAAUAUGUAAUUAUAAUAAACAAGUUCAAGAUAGAAAGAUAAAAAUGGUUAUGGAUGCUCAAAUAGCUGAAAUGAAUAGAAAAUCACAAGAGAAUAAAGAUCAAACUAAACAAUAA